GACAUCACGAACGUUAGUACGUUGUCUGGAGCUGUUUUGCUUACAGUGAGUCAGGAGCUCGAGGAGAAGCGAAGUCGACCGAGAAUUCAGCAUAUAAUAUAACUUUUAUUUUAGUUCAGUUUUUUUUUGAUCACAUUCAAGUCCAGUUAUGCCAUCCGACAGACCCUUCAAACAGAGACGGAGCUUUGCUGACCGUUGCAAGGAAGUGCAGCAGAUACGAGAGCAGCAUCCUAAUAAAAUUCCGGUGAUCAUUGAGAGGUAUAAGGGAGAAAAGCAACUUCCUGUCUUGGACAAGACCAAGUUCCUCGUCCCUGACCAUGUUAACAUGAGUGAGCUGGUAAAGAUAAUCAGGCGUAGACUGCAGCUCAACCCCACCCAGGCGUUUUUUCUUCUUGUCAAUCAGCACAGCAUGGUCAGUGUGUCCACCCCCAUUUCAGAGAUCUACGAACAAGAGCGAGAUGAAGAUGGCUUCCUCUACAUGGUUUACGCCUCCCAGGAGACCUUUGGUUGCUAAGCAGGCCACUCGACCUUUGAGGGAGACAGGGACAGCAGAGGGAGGGAGAGAUGUCAACAGGAAGCAGGCUCACCCAAAUGUACCCAUCUCUCUCUCCCCAUCAUCCCUGCUCUCCUCCCUUGCUGGUAUGAAACAAAAUAAAGCCAUUGAUUCUUCUCCAUGUGACACUACAGUGCAAACCACAGCACUACUGUAAACACUAUUCAGACUCUUCGCCCCAUUUGAAACUUACUUGUUUUUUUAUAAGCUAGUAUAACGUAGGCAUUACACUGAUAAUGCGUCGUAUUUGGCCCCAGUUGCUU